UCAACAUGUGAACAUCCUCAAGAUCCCCCCUCACACCUCUUCGACCUUCCAUAUUUAACAACGAUAAAAGAUCGCGACAAGAAAUAGUUCGUAGUCAGUGCGUUUGGAUUUCUAAGAGAAUAAUAGAAAAAAAAAUUGUGAUAUUAAAGAUAUUUUAAACGAAGGAAAAUGUUGACGUUAUUUUUAAUAAUUAGUGUUUUUUCCUCGAUUUUUGCUGCCACAGAAGAGAAUUUGCUUUUGGUUCAUGUUUUUUUUAGACAUGGUAGUAGAACUCCAGAAGAAAAAGACAUUUACCCAAACGAUCCUUACACGAUCCAAGAUUUUGAACCAAUGGGUUGGGGACAAUUAACAAACGUUGGAAAACAACGUGCUUAUAAACUUGGCAAAUUACUAAGAAAACGUUAUAAUCAUUUCUUGGGCGAGAUUUAUACUCCGGAUAUAGUCGAAAUGACCUCAACCGAUUACGACAGAACAAAAAUGAGUGCUUUACUUGUAUUGGCAGGUUUAUUUCCACCGACUUCGUCCCAAAAGUGGGACGAUCAUCUUUCUUGGAUGCCAAUUCCUUACCAUUUCGAUAAAAACGAUUACGAUUACUUUAUAAGAAGACCAACAGGGUAUUGCCCAAACUACGUAAAAGAAUUAAACAAAAUUUACGAAUCCGAAGAUUACAAAAACUUGUUAAGCGACCACAAAGAAACUUUCGAAUAUAUAGAAGAAAACUCUGGGAAACCAAUAAAAACCCUUUACGACGUAUUUUCCAUUUACCAAACUUUGCACGCCGAGGAAACAAUGAAUUUUACAUUACCAGAAUGGACAAAGCCCAUAUAUCCAGGUCUAAUCGACCAAUUAGCCGGAAAACAGUGCGAAUUUGAAAAUUAUAAUCCAAUCUUAAAACGUUUAAACGGCGGUAGAAUGCUUAAGAUAGUUUUGAAUCAAAUGCUAUCUAAGAUUAAAGAUGAAUUACCAAAGGAAAGAAAGAUUUACUUAUAUUCAGGUCACGAAAACAACGUUAUUAAUAUUUUAGCAGCCUUAAAUGUUUUUAAAGCACACGUUCCGAAAUACAGCGCUGCUGCGAUUAUAGAACUUUAUUACGUUCCUUUGUCCAAUGAGUACAGAGUUAAAGUAUUUUACGAAUACGAUGUUAAUGAGGAAUUUCGAAUUGAAAUCAUUUCCGGUUGCGAAGAAAGCUGUGAAAUUGGUAAAUUUAUGAAUCUAGUCGAUGAUUAUGUUCCUAAGAAUUACACCGCAGAAUGCGGAUCCGAUGCGUUCCUAAAUUAAGAGUAUUAUUAUUUUUAACGUUCUUAUUAUCUUUUAAAAUAGAUUUACUAAAUAGAUUUUUAUUGCAGUAUACAAUAGAAGUCGUUAAGUCGUUAAACCAUUUUAAAUUGAAUCGUUUUAAAUUGAUAUUGAAUAAAAUUAAUUAAAAUAU